CCUUGGAGGUUUAUUUUCUAAAAAUGAUAAGAAUAUAACAUUAAAAAUUAUAAACUCACAAAAAUCUGCAUGUGAAGUUCAUUUGAAUCUUUAUGAUAAUCUAUUAGAAGUUCGUCAAUACCUCGAAAAUCAUGAUAUUAUCGACGAUACAUUGUCGUUUGUAAGGAAUUAUUCUGAAAAUAAUGAUAGUAAGAUUGAAUUUUCCGAGAUACCUGUAAAAUUUGAAGAAAAUUUUCGCUUACAUCAAAUUGUGCGUAAAAGUGAAGAUGCUUAUAUUUUAUAUAUGACAUGUUCAAAAAUUUGGAAGUUUAUAAACGAUUUACGUAAAUUAGAUUAUGGGUGUACCAUGACUUCCAACGGAAUUAAGAAAGCUAGUAAAAGAGCAUUUGAAGCGAAAAAUUGUAAAUUGGAAAUUGGUAAUGGAAAAUGCGAAGAGGGAAAAUUUAAAUCUGAGUCAAGUGAGGAUUUGAUGAUGGAUAAAAAUUUAUUUUUUUAUGCUGAUAUUAAUGUGGAGUAUUUUGUAAAGUUGGGAAUAGGAAUGUCAAUUGGAGUAUUAAAAAAUAAAGAAUCUCUUGUUGAAACCAAUUACUCUUAUCGUUUUACGAAGUAUGGCAAAGCGUCAUUGAAACUUGAGCAUUUAGAAGCAACUCCGGAAUUUAUUAAAGUAGUAGAAAAUGCCAUAGAAUCUGAAGAUCCUGAAGAAUUUAAGCAAAUUAUUGAAGAUUACGGUCAAUUUAUUCCAACUGAUGUUAUUUUAGGUGGAAGAGUUCAUUAUGAUGAUUUUGCGGAGUCGGUUAAACACUCUGCAGGAAAUUCUAAUAAAAUUAUCGGAAAGAUGAAUAUACAAAUCCUGAAAGCAAAAAUAGGAAAAGCUUCUACUACUUCACAAGGAAGGUCAAACAGUUGUAGCUACAAAUAUACCAAAGUAAUUGGAGGGAAACAACCCGAGAAUAUUGGAAAUCUAAAUAGAGGGGAUUGGGUUAGUUCUUUAGAUAAUUAUGAAUAUUGGGAUUGUAUAGAAUUUCGCAAUCCAAUUAGUAUUUUUCAGCUUUUGUCUGAAAAUUUACGUAAACGAAUCAUUAAGUCGGUUGGAAUGAAAAUUCAUCAUUUAGAUACUGAAAAUCAUAAUUGUGUUUUAGAAGGAUUUAGAAAACCAAUACGAUUUAGUUUGAAUAUACCAAAUAAAGUCGCAAAAAUUAUUAAAAACGAAGAUAUAGAUUUUAAAAUUAUUGCAACCGUUACGGAUACAACGAAAUCAAAGAAUGACUUUUUCACUUGUCAAGUUCUUUGUCCAUCAAAUGGAAGGCUACCGAGUCUUGUAAUCCAUUGUGUUCAAAAAACGUUCAAAAAGCGUUAUAAGUUAGAAAUCGGAUGGAUGGUAAUCGGAUAUUAUACAGAUUUCAAUUUUAAUUUUAAUACUCAAAUAAAUAUUUUGGAAAAUGAUUUUAACACACCAGAUAAAAGUAAUCUAAUUGAAUAUGACUCAAAAGUUCCAAUUUGUUUGGGAAUUCCCGUGUUAAGCGAAUAUCCUACAAAUGAAUCUAUUAUUAUUGGAUAUUAUUAUUAUGUUCAAGAAGAAAAUAAUGAGUAUAAUAAAAUUAGAGCAUGCACGUUCGCUUAUUGCUUAGAAGGUAAUCGCCUUGUAGAGUUGCCUAAAUUUACAUUUUAUACACUCAAAAUUACAAAUUAUCAUAUUCACAGUGCUUGCAAUACAAUUCCUCUUGAAGAAACCAAAUAUAAUAAUUUCAAUACUAAAUCUCCAAAAUUUGUUAGCAUAUACUCUAAAGAACAAACUAAUUGUGUUUUUUUAAAACAAAGAAAUGGACAGAUUAGAAUUAAGAAUAUCGGUAACAGUAUUGAUAAAACGAAAUUAUCAGUUAAGUGUGCAUUCUUUGAUCCGUUUAUCAGAAAUGGAGACUUAUGGUAAAUUUUCUUUUUUUUACGA